AUGGUCCAUGCAACCAGAAUCAUGCCAAACAGCACACUUGAUUACGGAACGAUUCCAUGCAAUGCAACAGUCGGCGCGUCAGCGGUCGUGUCUGACGACUGCGAAACCGAACGAGACUUGUUGAGAAAGGACACGGACACUCAUUCGGCACUACCGCUGUUGCAGACAUGUACAAUAAUCUUGAGCUUGUCUGGGGCCGCAUUCUGUACUUCCAUGACCUCAGGUCUACUCACGGUGUGCCUUCCGGGCAUUGCUGUAGACUUGAUGAUCCCCGAGCACCUGCUUCUAUGGCCCUCGUCCGCAUACUCCCUCGCAUGCGGCUGCUGCUUGCUUCUCGCAGGGUCCAUCGCGGACAAGGUGGGCGACAAAUCUAUCAAUUUGAUAGGCACUGCCACGGUCGCCAUCGCCGUACUCGCCAACGGUCGCGCUAGGGAUGGCAUCGAGUUGAUAAUGUUCCGCGCCGUACAAGGUCUCGGCGCGGCCAUGAGUCUUCCCACUGGUGUGAGCAUCAUUGCGCGAUCCCUCACGCCAGGGCGCCGUCGAAACAUCGGUUUUGCGUGUCUCGGCGUCGCUCAGCCUCUUGGCUACUCCAUUGGCCUGAUCAUGGGUGGCAUUGUCCAAGAAGCCGGUAACUGGCGACUGGGGUAUUAUGUUUGCGCUCCGAUCAUUGCUGCUUUUGUGGUGGCGGCCUGGGCAAGCAUCCCGCCCAACAAGCACCAGUCGGUACGAGCUAACCUACCAAAUCUUAUCACUGAGAUUGACUGGGUAGGCAUUGCCAUGCUCAGUACUGGCUUCGGCCUUUUAUCAUACACUAGCGCGGUCAUGACCCGGGACGCCACGCUGCUCAUGCCAAUUCUGAACAUUGUUGCCAUGUUAGCUGGGUUGCUCCUAAUUAUUGCUUCCCCUAAAUGGAUGAGCCGGCAAGUCCGCCUCGGGAGGCCAGCGCUAAUACCGAAUUCUAUCUGGGCAAACCGUGCCUUUGCGGCCAUCAGCCUCACGGUAUUCCUCGCAUGGGCCUCUCUACAGAGCUCAGAGUUGCUUGCUAGCCUGUUUUUCCAGAGAGUGCAGCUCAUCUCUCCGCUCGAAGCAUCGAUCAAGCUACUCCCCAAUGUUCUCACAGGCUUUAUUGUAAACCUUUUCACGGGCUUGACCGUACAGUACUUUGCCAGUUACAAACUCAUGGCAGUGGCUUCUGUUGUUGCUACUGUAUCCCCUGUAAUAAUGGCUGUCAUCAAUCCUGCCUGGUCAUACUGGGUUGCUGCAUGCUGGGCCGUUGCCCUUGCCCCUAUUUCCAUUGAUGUCUUGUUCACCAUUGCCCACAUCGUCAUCACCGAUGUCUUUCCUGCAGAUAUGCAUGCUCUCGCCGGUGGAGUGUUCAACACAGUGUCACAGUUGGGCACGUCGCUAGGAAUGAGCCUGGUCACUGUUGUCUCCAAUGCCGUCAUCAAUGCAUCGGAGGUGCCGGACAAAGAGUCGCCAGAGGCAUUAAUGACGGGAUACCGAGCGGCCUUUUGGACCUGUGCUGCAAUGAUGCUUCUCUCGGCAGGCUCAUCGUUCGGACUACGCGAGCUUGGAAAGCUUGGGGGCGGGCACGCUCGCUCUGCAUCGCAGUAA